UCGAGCAAGACACUGAAAAGAGUAGCAACCGGAUUAGUCGUGAAAGUGUUUACGAUCGCUGGUUUUUCGGUAAAGAGGAUCAUAAAUAAAAUGACGGAAGUUCUGGAGCAAACAGCGUACCGUGUCAAGGCCGGGGAAAUCUUUGGCCAGCAACGUCGCCCGGUCGGAGUAGAACCCGUGAAACGCGUUUUGCUGCUGCACGGAUGGCAGGACAACAGUAAUUCGUAUGUGAAUCUGAUACCACUGCUGCCGAAAAACUGGUGGAUCGUCGCCAUCGACUGGCCCGGACACGGCCACAGUUCGCCCCGCGGACCAGGUGCCGCCUACCACAUCACCGAUUGGCUGGUGGACCUGCGCGAGGUUGUUAACGUUUUGCAAUGGCAAAAGUUUACCCUAAUCGGGCACAGCAUGGGAGCCGGGGUGGCUUUGAUGUAUGGCGCUCUGUUCCCGGAGGAAGUGGAAGCUGUGGUGGCGCUGGAUGUCAUCAAGCAGUUAUCAGAACCGGCGGGGACCACGCACAAAGUCCUUCGCAACGCCAUCAUGACCCUGGCCGACCAUAACCAGAAAACGGUUGCCCCACAAAAGCCGGAAAUCAUGUCCAAGAAUCAAGUGGAACAAUGGUGGCAUGGCCAAAGCAAGGCGUUCAUGAACGAGCAAUCGGCAGCGAAAAUCCUGGAAAGGGGAAUGCGGCAGAACAGCGGCACGACAGCAGAUGAACAUUUGAUCAACCGGGACAGCAGAUUAACAUUUCCUCCGUUAUUUCGGAUGCACUUGGACCAGCAUCGCAAUGUUUUGAAGGAGCUCAAAUGCGAUCUUCUGAUUAUCAAAGCUGCAGGUGCACAAAACUACGAAUCCCCCGAAGUUGAGAAGGAAUUCAAAGACAUGUACCAGAAAAAUUGCUCGCAUUUUGCCUACAUUGUCGUCGACGGCCUCCAUCACGUACAUUUGGACCGCCCGGAAACCGUUGCGCCUGUUAUUGUGGACUUUCUUGAACACAGACCAAUCAAAAACAGCCAUUAGUCAAAGUUUCAAAAGACACUUUACCGUCGUAACACAAAUUUUUUAAUACAGUAAAAGAAAUUUCGGAUUGAAAAUUUCAAACAUUUCAACAGUCUACCCCAAUAUGCUUAACUAAAAUGAGCAAAAUCGACGUGCCGAAGCAUUUAUACUGCGCGGCGUUGUUAAUGCCCUGAGGCUAGAUUUCGCGACGGUCAAGUUAGAUGCAAGUCUGUGUGAAAGUACUAGAAAAAACUUAUUACACUGUU